UGCUUGAACUCCACAGAGCAGAUUUCCCUGCUGAGGAGAGCGCAUGCCAGAGGUGCUGGGGUUGCUGUUGGUGAGAAGAGCUUUGGUGCCUGUUGAGGCAGGAGCUCGCUGCUUCCCCUGCUUCCCUCUGUGACUGACGCUGGCGUCCGGAUCGCUGCAACCCUGCCUGAGGAAAAGCGAAGGAGCCCAAUUGUGCUGAGAGAAUUUUCCUGGCAGGGGAAGGCAUGCAGUGCAGGGAGCUCUGCCAGCCAAGAGCCUGGAAGUGCACGUCCAGGUGCUAGGGUGAGUUCCACCCAAGCCAUGCUGUGGUGACUCCUUUCUCUGCAGCGCAUCUUGCUCAGCACCAGGGCGGCUCUGAGGGGCUGCCCAUGGCCCUGCGGCAGCCUGGGCUGGAUUACUGCCUGCUCUGUCUCUGCUUGAGCCCUUGAGGAGCUGAAGAAGACAGUAGGGAAGAUGUUGGACUUGAGCUUCCUGACCGAGGAGGAGUAUGAAAAGCUGAUGAAGGUUCUGCAGAGAGAUGCAGAGCUGAAGAAGAGGGAUGGGGAUCGCAUCAGGAGGAUACAAGGUUCCAUCACAGAUGAAAAGAAGAAGAAGUUUGUGACAGGUGAAUGGUUUUCAGAAGUGAAGGCAAAGCGCUUCCAGGAGGACUUGGCGGGGCCGGAUCUACUUCGGGCAUCAAUUAGAAGGAAAAAGGGCAAACUAGAAAAUGAGGUCAACAAGCACAUCCAGACGAGCCUGGAAAGCAAAGCUGCUCCAAGCCCUGCCUUUCCUGAGGACAUUGCUGAUGCAGGAGAGGGAAGAUCCAGUACACCUACUCUUGAAACCACAGAGCAGAAAAUUUUGCCAAAACCAAAGCCAAGACUUCCUGUCCAGUUGUCUGCGUCGUACAAGAGAUCCAGCAUACAUGAUGUCUCUUCCUCAGAGAGUGACACUGGAACAAGUCCUUUUGUGACUGCCACAAACAGCUUUCAUUUGUCUGGAAAAGGUCAUGGUGUAUCUCCACUGCCCACCAAGCCUUCAGAGGAUGCUGUGCCUCAGCCCAGCACUGCAGCUGGAGGAGAAGCUGCUGAUGGGGCCACUGGCACCACAGAGGGGCCAAAAACUCCACCAGAAGAAACUUAUCCUCCCAGCAAAAUACCAGUUAAGAAGAAACCGAGCAGAACCUUCCCCAGAUGUGAGCAGGUUGUGAAUCACACGGGGCCAGCAGAAAACAGCCUGGCAAAGGAGGAGUCUCUGGCAGGCCCCAGAGCACUGCCCACAGCAGGGGAGAGCAGCUGGGCUGGCAGGCAGGGAGUGAACUACACGAUCUCAUCCAUGAGUAACAAGGAGGAGGAGAUCGGCCUGGACCGUGAGCACUUCAGGAACCUGAAGAAGUUUUGGGAGAAGGGAGCAGACGGGGCGGCAGGGGGGAGCCCGGCGGCAGACGCCGGGCAGCUCAAGCUGUGCCGCUCGCUCUCCCUGCAGGCUGGGCAAGGCCAGGAUGCUGAAGAGAAACCUGGUGCCUUCACCAAAACAAGGACCCCCCACAAAAGGACAAUAACGUUGUCUUCCAGCGAGGAAGAGCCAAGCUACGCCACUCCUGCAAGGAAGGCCUCAGCUUCUGUCACUCCCAGAUCCACAUGUGCCAAGAGCAAAGGGGGCCUGGUUACAAGAAAUGACUUGCUGAGUGAAAGCAAUGGGAAGGUGCUGAUGCCAGAGGAAGAGAAGGUGGUGCAGCACUGCUCCAAGAAAUCCAGACUGCCUGUGCGAGCGCCUUCCAUCCAGCUGGAGUCGCCCACCGAGGAUGUGUGUGGCAGCACGCUGACAGGGACACCCGUGGAGGAGCUGGUCGUGGCAGAAGAGCGCAAGCCCACGGCGAGGUCCCCGGCCAGCACGGUGCAGAUACUGAUCGAGCCUGUGCCCUCAGAUGGUGAAAGUGAUGGUGAGAAACAGGAAAGAUCUGAUUUGGGCACGCAAGACAACAUGGAAGUAAAUGGAGAGCUACCUGAGGAAAAAAUGUGCAAGUCUUCAGACCAGCCAACACCCGGUGAACCAUCUGGAGAGAGAGAAGCUGUUCAGGGAACAGACUCAGCUGUUUACUCAGAGGAAGAUGGGGAUCAUUCUCCUGCUGCUCAGGCACUGGCCCGAGCAAAUAGCAUUAAUCUUGCAAAGAGCAUGGUGAACAUUUACACAACCACAGAGACAUACAAUAAACCUCAUUUGAUACCACAUCAAUUUCUUGAACCUGAAAGAGUCAAAGAACUGAGCAGAUCCUCUCCUCUCCUGUUGUCUGAGACGGAAUCAGACACGGCCUCGGAAAUCAGCGUCCAGCUGAGCAGGCACAAGAAGGCACCCAGCACUGGCAGCCACUCGUCCGACAUGGCCUCUGUCUCCUCGGUGAGUGGCAGUGUGCUAAGUGUCUACAGUGGCGAUUUUGGGAGUGUGGAUGCCCAAGGAACCGUGGAAUUUGCUCUAGACUAUGAUGAGAAGAACCGGGAGUUCCAGGUCCACGUGUCCCAGUGCAAGGACUUGGCUGUCGUGGAUGAGAAGAAAGGCAGAUCUGACCCGUAUGUUAAAACUUACCUGCUCCCAGACAAAGCUAGGAUGGGUAAGAGGAAAACAUCAGUGAAGAAGAGGACAGUGAACCCCAUUUACAAUGAGGUGUUACGGUAUAAAAUAGAGAAAAUGGUAUUGCUGAUCCAAAAAUUAAAUCUCUCUGUUUGGCACAAUGAUCCAUUGGGACGUAACAGUUUUUUGGGAGAGAUUGAAAUAGACUUGGCCAGCUGGGACUGGAGCAACAGGAAACUCAACUGGUACCCGCUGAAGCCCCGGAGCCUUUCUGCUGUUAAUGGUGUGGAUCAUCGAGGAGUGAUGAGCUUGUCCAUUAAGUAUGUCCCCCCUGGAAGCCUAGGGCCCAGGAAUCCUCCCUCUGGCGAAGUUCACAUUUGGGUCAAGGACGUCAAGGACCUGCUGCAGUUGCGUCCAUCCGGAGUUGACUCCUUUGUGAAGUGCUAUGUGCUUCCAGACACCAGUAAGAAGAGCUACCAAAAGACCCGAGUCAUAAAGAGAGACACAAACCCUGUUUUCAAUCACACCAUUGUGUAUGAUGGCUUCCAUACGGAGGAUCUGAAGGAUGCCUGUGUUGAACUCACGGUGUGGGAUCACGAAAAGCUUACCAACCAUUUCCUUGGAGGAAUCAGGCUGGGCCUUGGGACAGGUUUGAGCUAUGGCAUCUCUGUGGACUGGAUGGACUCCACACAGGAGGAGGUGGCCUUUUGGCAGGAGAUGAUGUUGGCUGCCAAUGAAUGGAUCGAGGGAUUGCUGCCACUGCGCUCACUGGCAGGGAGGAAAAAGCUGAAAUAACCCAUUGGUGGUGCCAUGGAAAUGCCCGAUGUGCUCAUUAGAAUUAGGAAGCUUCCUGCAGCAGGGAGGAAUCCACAGGGCUGCAAGUGUCAGGGUAAUAAGGCAGUCAAUGGGCAUCACCUUGGAGGUGUUAAUGUUCAGUACUAAUCCACUCCCAGAGGACAUGGAAGAUGCCAAACUGAUGCCAGACACGAUUUUAACCAAGAAGAAACUUAAUUUGCCUUUGUGUUUAAUCAUUUAUGUAUUCAGUAUAUUUGAAUUCCAUUAAGCUCUGGGAACACUGGCAGAAGGAAAAGGAGAUAUGGAUACUUUUUUCUUUUUACCAUUUCUUGUGCCAUUUUUCUUCUCUGCAGAGACGUAGUUGUACUGAAGCAGCAGCAUGGUAUUAUUCAUACUCCCUGCAAGGGGUACACUUUGUACUUGGUGUACAAUUGCUCCAAAUCACCAGCACAGUUUGAGAAUGGGAGCUUUGCAUUUGUCACCUGUGAUAACACCUCUUUAACGUGAGGAAAAUUGAGUUCCAAGGUGCAUCUAAAGAAAGAGAGGACUAUUUGCAGCAGAAAAUGAAGAAACCUGAGGAGGAUGACAAUGAGGAAUUUGAUAUAUUAAUUUCUUUGUGCUUUAAUCUGAAAGAGUGCAGGGAUGCUCUUAGAGAUAGUGGGAUUUUGCAAGCAGGGACUGUUUUCCUGGCUUUCCCACAGGCUUCCUCAGAGACCUCAGGCAAGUCUCUUUGUGAGAGUUUGAGUGCAAUAUAAACUGUUUGCCCAGAUGUAAAAUAUGAGUACAUUGCUAAGGGGCCUUUGCAAUGCCUUGUGUGCAAAACAUUUCAAUAUGAACUAAUGAGGUAGGAGGCAGUGCCACGUUAGCCUGGGGUCAGGGGUGGAAGGUGACAACCUCACUGGAGCACAGGAGAUCCUGGGAGCUGGGGGCAGAGGUGAGUGGGGAGUGAGUGAAUGUGCAGGGAGUGCAGAGCUGCACUUUGCUGGGGGUCUCCUGCAUCUGCAUCCCCUGCUGCCCUUCCCCUCUUCCUUUCACCUGAUGCCUGCUAGUGAGUUGUCAGUGGCUGGGAUUCCCCUUUUGCCAGUAGCUUGCAAACAAUCUUUACAUGUGGCACAUUGACCGUGGUGGAGUGGUGUUGUGAAUACAUUUUGAAUUGCAGCUUUGUAAUUUCUAUUCUGGAUGUACAUACUGUGAUUAAAUAGAAUGUUUUUCUUUAGUCAGUUGGUCAUCUUGUACCUAUUUUCAUUGUGCUUCAAAUAACAGAAAAGCAAAAGAGGUGUUAAAUUUUGUUGUGUUAAAAUGAGGCAUUUUUGCCAAAGGGCAGGUGAAAUGUCAUGAAGAAAUAAUUUUUAUAACUAUCCUACUUUAGAUUUUGGCUCUCUGAUUAUUUUGAUAUUCUUCUUUAAUGGAUUGAUUUUAUUUAACUCAAGCCUACUGUGAAUUUUCGGCUUAGUAAAGAUGGUUGUAAAUAAAUGAAUGGAAAAAUGUACACUUAGAGUAAUAAGACUUUUUCUUUAAAUGGAAACAUUUGGGAUAUAAUCAGCUUUCAUGGGAAAAAAGAAAUAAUUAAAGUGGUUUUGCAGUUGGAAAAAGGCAAUAAUUGGAAAUGCACCAGACACAGUAAUAAAAUCACCACGAGAGAGUCCACAGAGCAACAGAAUUAAGCAGUGACUGUGUAAUGAAGGAGCUGAUACAUCUGUAACAUCAGCCACAAAUACUUUGUAGGGGGUCCAGCCUGACAUGUUUUGUUUACCAAGAUUUGGUCAUUUAUUACCUUUGUGGGAUAAAAUAACGAUACUGGGCUGAGUUGAGAGUUUAAAAACAAUACAAUCUUUACCUUAGGUGCUGAACGUGUGAAUAUUUAUACAUGUGUGUACCUGACCUGCUGAGGAGCCCUGGUCUCAGGGGGGGUUGAGCUGGAAUUGAUGUGCACAUCAGUGGGUGGCUGGUGGCUUGCAGCAGUGGAGUUACCCACAGCACUGCUGCUUUCCUCCAGGGUGCUUCCCUGUGCCCAGGGACGGGGAUAUUCCUGGGGACAGACUUUCUGCUGUGGCUGGGGAAGUGGUUGGUAGCAGCAGGGGCUCUGUCUCAGGUCCUGGUCGCUUCCUGGUGGGUUCAGCUGAUUCCAUCAUGACAGCAGAGUUAACCCUCCUCCUCCUCCUCCUCCUCAUGCAGCAUACUGCAUGGCAAUGUUGCCAAAAGUGCUGGUUGCAGUGCUGGUUGCAUCAGUGGAGCUGGAAAUGGUUGUGUUGGUGUGUCAGAAGAUUAACAUUGGUGGUGCCAGGAAGGGGAUAAAAGGGGGUCAGUGGGCCAGUUCAUCCCAGCAGAGUUACUUUUAUGAACUUGGCAUGGGACUUUGUGAGACUAUUUUUGUAUUCAGAUUCCAUUGAGGAUUUUUUUGUUAAUCUUUUGCUGGCUUGUUUAUUUAAAUUAAACCCUGAUUAACUUAAGAAGCUUUCUUUGGCAUUUAAUAGUUUAUCAGAGUAAAAGAUUACACUGCCAAACCACACACACUUUUGUCACACAGCUGAUUCUGGGGCAGUAAAAUUUGCUAUGCUCUCUGUUUCACUUACUGCACAGAAAGCACUUUAACAUAAAAUGAUUUAAGGCACAUUUAUUGCCAGUGUCCUGUGGAGGAGCAGAGGAUCUUGUGGGUACAAGGUUAAUGGCCUGUUUGCUUGUGGUUUAUGAUGCUGACAUUUGUUGUGUGAAUGCUGGACCUCACAGAGACUCUGGCCUGCAAGUGUGUGCUGAUGGCACAAGAGUAGGGUUCUAACUGGUGAAAAUAAAAGAAAAACAGAUGGAAAGUUUUCUGACUGUAUUUACUAGUUCAUUGUAGAAAGGGUCAAGCAAAGCUAUGUGCAAAGGUGAGAGCCUGUGCUGCCAGUGGAUGUGGUUUGUGCCUCUCCCUUCCCUGCACAUGAGGGAAGGUGCAGUGCCAGCAGUGGCAGCUGAGUGACCCCUGGGCUCUCGUUGGACACAGGAGUGACCCAGGGACUGAGUGGGCCCAGGAGUGCAGUGCCAUCCUUUGAACAUCAAACACAAACCUCAGCACCUGCAGCAGAGCUGGCAGCUGCUUUCCAUGAGGCUUCUGCAUUUGUUAGCCAAUGUGCUCUCUUCUAGGUUAUGUCUGAUUUAUGUAACUUUUUAUUGGAAAUCUUCCAGGAUUAAAAGAAAAUGGAGAAAAAGCAAAAUUCUGGGAAGUAUUUCUGCUUCAAUGUGUGCCCCACGGCCAUUCAAUAUGUAAUAUGAGUAAUUACAGGUAUCAGAAACUAUUGAAAAUAGUUUAGAAGCCAACUAAAGAAGAGAAAUAAAGAAUUGUUGAAUCUUGAAUGAGUGUUUCAGCAGAGAUGGAAAGAAGUGGAUUAAUUAAUUAUCCAUUACUAAAUAUUUGCCUAGCUUUAUCCUUCACCAAGACAGGGAAAAAUUGAAGUACUGUAGAGAUUUGGAGAUAAAAAUUGCUGGCUAAAUAAACCCUUGUAAUAACGUGAUCUGUUGAAAUUAAAAAAUGCUGCAUUUUUGCAAGUUUGUUAAGUCAAAAAAUGUA